AUGGGGAAGGGGAAUGAGAAUGACAGUGUAGGUGUUAUACCAGAAGAAGUGGUUGAUACUGAUAAGGUUGAUGUCUUGGAGGAGUUUGUUGAAAGGGUGGGAAUGAUGAAUGAUGGUGAUGAUCGAAGAGUAAAUGAUGAGGGAGGAGUUUCUGCUAAUCCUGAAUUUGUAGUGCAUGAAAUUCCUUCUGUAGCUGGUACUAGUUUGGAGGUAUUUCCUUUUUCCUCUCCAAUUGUUUUGCCUCGAAUUUCCCUUGUAGUGAAUGUUGUGGUGAAUGAGUUUGGAGUUGAUAUGAAUGAGGUUAAUGUUGUAAAUGAUAUAUCCUCUCAAAAUAAUGGUGUUAAUAAUGUAUUGGGUGGUGUUCAAGAUAAUAUGGAGAAUCUAGGGGAGUGCAGAGUUCUGUAUGCUCUCUCUUUGGAUUCUUCUUUUUUAAUUGAGCAUCAGUAUGGGUAA